GGCUCUGUGCUCGGUUGGUUAUGAGGCUUGUGACGUGUUCGACGCUACGUCAUUGUGGGCUGCAGCUUUACGUUACGGUGUGGACGUGAGACGUUAAGAAAGCGAAAUUAAUAAGUCAGAAAGAGCAGCCGACCAGCAACAUUCUUACGCUCUUUUCAGGAAGAUGGAUUCAAAGGACGAUAUGCGCACCGAGCCCUGCAGCAGCCCUGUUUUUGUGCACAACCCACACCUGGAUGCACUGAAAGAUGACAUCCUCUACCACUUCAGUUUAGGAACCGGAACUCACAACCUCCCAGCUAUGUUUGGUGAUGUCAAAUUUGUGUGUGUUGGGGGCAGUCCCUGGAGAAUGAAAUCAUUCAUUGAGUACAUUGCUGCUGAGCUCAGUAUGGAAGACCCCAAAUCAGAGUACCCAAAUAUAUGUGCUGGAACGGACCGCUAUGCAAUGUACAAAGUUGGCCCUGUGCUCUCUGUCAGUCAUGGUAUGGGCAUCCCAUCUAUUGCCAUAAUGUUGCAUGAGCUAAUAAAGCUCCUCCAUCACGCACAUUGCACCGAUGUUACAAUUAUACGCAUUGGGACAUCAGGUGGAAUAGGGCUUGAGCCUGGGACUGUUGUUGUCACCAAGCAGUCUGUGGAUGCCACCUUCCUUCCCAAGUUUGAGCAGGUGAUACUGGGGAAGACGGUGGUGCGCAAUACUGAUCUGGACCAAAGCCUGGCUGAGGAGCUUCUGCAAUGCAGCAAGGAACUGAACCAGUUUGAGACCGUGAUUGGCAACACAAUGUGUACACUGGAUUUCUAUGAAGGGCAAGCCCGUUUGGAUGGUGCUUUCUGCUCCUACACUGAGAAGGAUAAACAGGACUUCCUCAAUAAAGCCAGUGAUGCAGGAGUCUGCAAUAUUGAAAUGGAGUCAUCUGUUUUUGCUGCUAUGUGCAAGCUGAGUGGUCUGCGAGCGGCUGUGGUUUGUGUGACUUUACUGAAUCGGCUGAAGGGGGAUCAGCUGAGCAGCUCUCAUGAAGUUCUUCACAGUUACCAACAACGUCCUCAGAUGCUGGUUGGCCACUACAUUAAGAAGCAACUGAAAACCAAAGCAGCACGUCGCUAAGUGCAACCAGUUAUUACACUUGUCUGCAAGCAUACUUCAAAUUCUGGGUAUCUCUUAAACACUGAAAAUGUGUACAAUGCAAUAAGUCAAGCUUUAAACAUUUUUUAUUCAUUCUUUCUUGCUCAUGAUUAGCCAUACCUUUUUAAUAUGUCCAGAAGAUUCACUGAAAUUUUAAGUGAUGCACUGCCUUCUAUUUAUCCUGUGACACUUAUUUAGUUGAUUGAUUUCACUGUCAUUAUAAACCGGCAUGCACUAUUUCACUUUUGUUUCCUCUUGUAUUUAACUUAAAUACAAUUUAACUGAGUAUUAAAUGUUAUGUAGCCGUCUGUAUGUCUUA